AUGGAUUCUCAUCCAUAUAGGCAAAAGCCAAAGUUUGUUGAACUGCUUACCAGUCAACAAAACAUUGUCUUUGGUUUGUCUGAAGAUAGUCUCAACCUAUCUUCUUCACAAGUCCCUCUUUUUGGCUCCCAACCGAGUGAAGAUUCCAACUUUGGCGACAGCACUCCUGCAGGGCGUCGAGAAAGGAGGAAAUGGACGCCAAGAGAUGACAUUCUGCUCAUCAGCUCGUGGCUUAAUACAAGCAAAGACCCUGUGGUCUCGAAUGAGCAAAAAUCCGGGGCUUUCUGGAAAAGGGUCGCAGCAUACUUCGCCGCAAGCCCCAAGGUACAAGGCUAUGAAGUCAGAGAGGCGACCCAGUGCACGAACCGUUGGCAGAAGAUCAAUGAUCUAGUCAACAAGUUUUGUGGGGCUUACGAAUCUGCGAGUAGAGAGAGAAGUAGCGGUCAAAAUGAGAAUGAUAUUCUCAAACUAGCUCAUGAGAUAUUCUUCAACAACCACCAAAACAAAUUCAACCUUGAGCAUGCUUGGAAGGAGCUUCGAAACGAUCAGAAAUGGUGUGAGCUUUUUAUACUUGCAAAGCCGGUGGACGCGGAAAGAGGAGGAAGCUUGAUAAUGGUGUGCAUUCCUCAACCUCUAAUGCGUCUGAAACCAUGA